GCUUCCUCUCGCUUCCCCCAAGUAUUUGCACAAUAUUUGUGCGGGGUGUGGGGGCGAGGUUUUAAGAAGUCUUUUUUUUUUCUUUUUCUGGACAAGCACGGGGAUCUCACUGGACUUGGUGUGGGGGGCUGGGGGACCCCCCGUGCAGCCCCUGCUGGCUGGUCCUCUCUGGGCCCCUGGAGGAGGCAUGGCCCGCAUGAACAGGCCCGCGCCUGUGGAGGUGAGCUACCGAAACAUGCGCUUCCUCAUCACACACAACCCCAGCAAUGCCACCCUCAACACUUUCAUCGAGGACCUGAAGAAGUACGGGGCUACCACUGUGGUACGUGUGUGCGAAGUGACCUAUGACAAGACCCCCCUGGAGAAGGAUGGCAUCACUGUUGUGGACUGGCCCUUUGAUGACGGGGCACCCCCUCCUGGAAAGGUGGUGGAGGACUGGCUGAGCCUGCUGAAGGCCAAGUUCUACAAUGACCCAGGCAGCUGCGUGGCUGUGCACUGUGUGGCAGGCCUGGGAAGGGCUCCCGUGCUUGUGGCGCUCGCCCUCAUCGAGAGCGGGAUGAAAUAUGAGGAUGCUAUCCAGUUCAUCCGACAGAAGCGCCGUGGGGCUAUCAACAGCAAGCAGCUCACCUACCUGGAGAAGUACCGGCCUAAGCAGAGACUGCGGUUCAAAGACCCACACACGCACAAGACCAGAUGCUGCGUCAUGUAGCUUAGGUCCUGGCCCUGUACACCCUGUACUCCUGUGCCUCUUGGCAUCUGUGUCUAAGGAGUCCAAUGGCUGUGUGUGUUCCAGCUCUGUCCCUGUCUGUGCCCACGACUGUCUUCUUGAGGCUGUCCCUGGACCUUCUGCCAGUCCCGUCUGACCCUUCCACCCCCUGCCCAGGCCUUCUCCCUGGCCUGUGUAUUGCAGGUGGGUGUUUUUAACCACUGGGCCCAGUGCCUCAGCGGGCGCUGCCCUCACCCUAACCUUUUUUCAGCACCUUUGUUACCAGGUGCUCUGGACUCUCAAGGCAAUAAAUCAGGAGCUGUG